GAGGACAGAAAAGCAAAUGAGCAGAGCAAGUGCAGAGGCUGCAUUCCAUCUAGAGAUUCUUGAGAUUAGGAGGACUGGCAUCUAACGUGUGUUAUCAAGAAAACAGAAACGUGAGAAAACGCCUGCAAAACUUUUUCAGUUUUCUUAUGAAAAGGUGGCAAAUUGUUACAAAAGAUAAAAAGAUUGCAGCAGAUGAGUAACUAGAGAUGCAGGUGACCAUGCAGGAAUGCUGAGACAACUCUCUCAAAAUGGUUUCCAGAACACCCCAGUUUCCUUUCUUAAUAAGCACUCUGAGUCUCUGUGCAGUCCUUGUACCCCUCGCUGCAGCUAAACCCCACAACAUCACCCUCAUCUACCACAACAACAACAACAACAACAGCGUCCGCAAUUGCAGCUGCGCCUCCAGGGUCGAGGACUGCAACAAAGCCCAGGCAAACAUGCUGUGCAGCUGCAGGACAGUCCCUCUGUCCAGCAUCACAGGCAGCACUGGGUUUACCUAUCAGGGGGGGCUGACAGUUUGGCUGAAGGACCCAUGGGUACUCAGGCUGCUGGUUAACUACAGUUCUGUGCCAGAUCUCAGGCUUGCCGCAUGUGGGGCCAAUCCCCUCCCCCCAGAGUACCUGACCGUGUUCGGUUUAAAGAGGCUGAGGAUAUACAAUAGCGCCGUGGGGGUGGAGUUCCCAGAGCAAGGCCUCAGCAUAGAAGGCUUGGAGAAAGCUAGAGGCAAACAAAGGCCAUUGCCUCAAGAGACCCCACACAUAUCCUUCAUGGUUUCCUUUCUGGACCUUGCCCUACUUAACGGUGGCUCUUCUCUGAAAGCCUACAGUGUGAAACAUCUCCCCAGCAUUGGGGGAUAUUUCCCAAACCUCCUCUUCCUCAGCCCCUUUGAGCCAGUUGACAGCCAAUAUUGCCUAGUCACUUUCAUCUACUAACAUUAAACUCAAUUUAUAGUAAUAAUGUAAUGGAGCUAAUGGAAUUAAUCCAGCUGUUGUAGAGCUGAGAAGUGGCAUUCACAAGCACUAGGAUUCUCAUCACAGCUUUUCACCCAAUCUCAAAAAAAACAUAAAGAUUAUUAUGGCAAUACAAUUUAGUGUUUAACCCUCAGUGAUGUUAACAGUUGUAAGUAGACUGUAACUGUAACAGCUAUCAGUGAAGGUUCAGUCAGACACAAUGAUCUGACUUUGCUCAGAAUAGCUUUCACGUGCUGAUGUGUUCUGCUGUAAAUAAAAUACAAUACAAUAAAAUAAAAGAGUGUCCUGCACAGAAAAGGAACUGUGUCUAAAACUGCUUGACGUGUGUGUCAUUUCAGUAUUGUUUUACUGUAACUGUACCAAAAUACUGCAUUAAACUAGUUCAAAUACCUACAGCGUUACAAUACUGCACUGUG